CGCCCAGAACUUCGGGGAAGGUGCGGGGGAGCCGAGCCGGAAGCGGACCUGGCCCUUGCGGAAGUGACGCACUUUCCGCGCGCCGGGCUGUCUCCCGCAAACACGUGGUUUCGUUCGGCCACCCGUGUUCCUGUGGAGCCUGGGCUCAGGCUGUCACCCGGCGCAAUGGGCAAGAAGGGUAAGGAGAAGAAGAAGGGCCGCGGUGCGGAGAAAACGGCCGCUAAGAUGGAGAAGAAGAUGUCCAAGCGCUCGCGGAAGGAGGAGGAUGACCUGGAAGCCCUCAUUGCCCAUUUCCAAACGCUGGAUGCCAGAAAAACAAAGAUCACGGAGACCCCGUGCUCCCCGCCAUCUGCAAGGUUGAAUGCCUCCCUCUCCGCACAUCCUGAGAAAGAUGAGUUAAUCCUUUUCGGAGGUGAAUAUUUCAAUGGCCAAAAAACUUUUUUGUAUAACGAGCUCUACAUCUACAAUAUCAGGAAGGAUGCCUGGACAAAAGUCGACAUCCCUGGCCCUCCGCCAAGGCGCUGUGCUCAUCAGGCAGUGGUGGUGCCUCAGGGUGGCGGACAGCUGUGGGUCUUUGGAGGGGAGUUUGCUUCCCCCGAUGGAGAGCAGUUCUACCACUACAAGGAUCUCUGGGUCCUGCAUUUAGCCACCAAGACCUGGGAGCAAAUCAGGUCAACAGGUGGUCCUUCAGGUCGGAGUGGACAUCGGAUGGUGGCCUGGAAGAGACAGUUAAUCCUUUUUGGUGGCUUCCACGAGAGUGCAAGAGACUAUGUCUACUACAGUGAUGUGUAUGCCUUCAGCCUGGACACAUUCACGUGGAGCAAGCUGUCCCCGUCGGGGUCUGGGCCCACACCCAGGUCAGGCUGCCAGAUGUCCGUCACUCCCCAGGGCAGCAUCGUCAUCUACGGGGGCUACUCCAAGCAGAGAGUCAAGAAAGACGUGGACAGAGGCACCCAGCACUCUGAUAUGUUUCUGCUGAAGCAUGAGGAGGGGGGCGAAGGCAGAUGGGUGUGGACCCGGAUGAACCCUUCAGGGGUCAAGCCGUCACCCAGGUCUGGCUUUUCAGUGGCCGUGGCCCCCAGUCAUCAGACGCUGCUCUUCGGGGGUGUCUGUGACAAGGAAGAGGAAGAGAGCCUGGAGGGGGUGUUCUUCAAUGACCUGUACUUCUACGACGCCACCAGGAACCGCUGGUUCGCAGCACAGCUGAAGGGUCCCAAGUCUGAGAAGAAGAAACGGAGGCGGGGCAAAGCAGAGGAGCACACCGGUGCCAGCGGGCAGGAGCCUGGGCCAGCCGGCGCCUCAGGGCCCCUGGAGGUGGUCACGGAGGUGGUGGCUGAGGAUGGGACUGUGGUCACCAUUAAACAAGUGCUCCAGGCCUCAGGCCCGGUGGGGCCGUCCUUGUCUGAGGACGAGGACAGUGCCUCAGAGUCCUGCAGCCCCAGGGUCCAGCCGUGCCCGCGGGCCAGUGCCAUGCUGGCCGUCAAGCACGGGCUGCUGUUCGUCUAUGGGGGGAUGUUUGAAGCUGGCGACCGCCAGGUGACCCUUAGCGACCUGUACUGCCUGGACCUGCACAGGAUGGACGAGUGGAAGGCCCUGGUGGAGAUGGACCCAAAGACCCAGGAGUGGCUGGAGGAGACGGACUCAGAUGAGGACAGCAGCUCAGCUGAGGGUGCAGAGGGAGGAGAUGAGGACCAGGACGAGGACAGUGAGGAGAGUGACGAAGAGCAAGAAGAGGAGCCACAGCACCCAGAAGUGGCACCUGGGGAGCAGUCCAUGGACUACCUGGCCAGAACGGAGCAGCAUUGGCUGAGGCUUGCUCGUGACAACCUGGGGCCAGACCCCAAAGAGAAGAAAGUGCUGAAGGUGGCCCAAGCCAUGGCAAAGACGUUCUUUAAUGACUCAGCUCAGAGGGCUGCCAAGGCCAGCAGUGAAGUCGAAGGGCAGUGAAUUCCCUUGGUGCUGGUGGGUGUGAGCCAGGUGCCACAGGGGUCACCUUCUCAGCCUGGCGAGGGUGCUACCCUGCUCCUGGGGCUCCACCCACAGGGGAGGAGCAGCCCCACCCAUCUGUCAUUGGGAAGCUUCAGGGGAGGCCAUUUGGAGGGACUCACAGAAAGGCUGUUUCUCUUCUAAUAAAACAACUCUAUGCUU